CCUUAAAAUUCUUACAUGUAUUAGUGUCGCGCGCGCCGCCUCCUUUUUUCACGUAUGAGUAUGCCUAAUUUCAUUUUCUCGCAAUUUCGACAAUUGAUAAUUCGAGAGGUGUAUUUAUACGGAGUGCAGAUGUAUCGAGGCAUACAUCGGUAAUCAGUGAUUAUUAUUAUGGAACCGAAAGAAAGUGAGCCGCGGUAUGUGGUGCGCAAAUAAGCUAUAAACUCGGAAACGACGGCUUUUCACACACAACAGUUGAGUGAUUGCUAUAUUCCAAGGGAAAAAGUAAUGUGAAUAAAAUCAAAGCAAGACCAUAUGUCCUUCAGAGUACAAUUAACUCUGCCUCGGUGGAAGAUGUCCGACUUAUCUGGUAGGCUGUCGAAAAGUGCUCGUUUGACAAGAGCCUUUGCGAUGGAGAUUCGCGUUUAUGUGAUUUAAUUAAGAACAUACUCAAGCAAUUAGUGAUUAUAAACUAGUGCUAAUAGUGCAAAUGGAUAAUCAGGGAUGACUGACAAUUGUUGGAACUCUGGUGGUGGCGCUGGCGUCAAGAUGGAACAGUUUCAGGCCACCCUGGACCCUAGGAAGCAGGAGUUACUGGAGGCCCGCUUUCUCGGAGCAAGGGGUGGUCAGAGCAACGUGUCGAGUAAAAAUGCGAUUAACAACAGUCAGUCGUCGUCGAUGCCGAAUGCCGUCAGGUGCGGGCAGCCGACUGCCUUGGGAAUAGACUGGGCACGACGCGAAAAUGCCACUUUACGUGAUCAUCAGCGCAACUCAUCCUCUAGCCACGCACAGGGCCAACUCUCUCAGAUGUCUGCUGGGUCACAAAUUCAGAUGGCACCCCAAUCGACGAUAAACUCUGGUCAGUCGGUUCAUAGUCAAGAUUCGAACAUGAGCACCGGCUCGUCGCAUAGCGACAAGGAGGUAGACCCAAAUACUCCAGAAAAGGUGCCAAGAACCCCAUCAGAAAGAAAAAGAAAACGUAAGGCUGAUGACAGCGGCGGAGGGGGUCUGGUGGGCCCGGUUAGCAGUAAAGGAGCCAGAUCUGUUGCUGCCCUAGAUAGUAAGAAAAUAAACGAGUAUUUUCCAAAGCACCACAUGGGCAGUAGUCCCAUUAGGCACGGUGGUGCCAAGAGUCCAUCCCCACAACAGGCAUACCCUAUGUAUCCGCCCUCGCCGCAGCAGGUGACGACGGCGACGGUGGCGGCGUCGGCAGCUUCCGUGCCGGCCUCCACGGCUACCGGCACCGCGGAGUUCCCCUCGUUAAUGCAGCCUCCGCGGCCGGUCGGGGCACAGCCCCCGCCCCCGGCUCCAGGGGCCACGGUUGCGGCGGCAGCGGCUGCCGCCGCCGCAGCCGCUGCUGCAGCCGCCUCCUCGACGGCGGCUGUCGUCGCGAGCGCCCCGAGCGUCGUCGCGGCGACGCCUGCGGCACCAGUUCCUGGGCCCACCGUCGCCACACUCCAAACGGCCGGCUCCAUGCUCAGCAAGCAGGUGCAGGUAAGGCCCACCAACCUACCUAGGACAAGCCAGGUCAGGCAAGCGAAGACUAACACCCCAAAUACGGAGCUCACUUGCCAGAGGAUACAGGAAUUCGAAAAUCAAGCGUCCUCCGAUUUAGAGCUACGUAACAAUAAAAUUGACGAAUUGAAUAGGACGGCUGAGGAGCUGAGGCAUCAGAUAACGAGUCAGCAGAAGGUGAUAGAGCAGCACAAAUCCCAUAUAAAUAAGUGUAUAGACGUUGUAAAGAAGCUCUUGAAAGAGAAGUCAAACAUCGAGAAGAAGGAGGCUCGACAAAAGUGCAUGCAGAACCGACUGAGGCUCGGGCAGUUUGUCACGCAGAGGGUGGGCGCUACCUUUCAGGAGAACUGGACGGAUGGCUACGCCUUCCAGGAGCUCGCCAGACGCCAGGAGGAAAUCACGACGGAGCGCGAGGAGAUCGACAGGCAAAAGAAGCUUCUGCUGAAGAAGAGGCCGUCGAACAGCGAGACAGGGAGGAAGCGAAGCAGUCAGCCGGCGCAGCCGACGUCACUGCACAACGGCACCGAGGCCACGUUCCUUAAGCCCGACGCCGUGCCGGGUUCCUACACGUGGCAGGAGUACUACGAAGCCGACGAGAUCUUGAAGCUACGGCAGAGCGCCCUCAAGAAGGAGGACGCGGACCUGCAGCUUGAAAUGGAAAAACUGGAAAGGGAGCGGAAUCUGCACAUCAGGGAGCUCAAGCGCAUUCACAACGAGGACCAAUCGAGAUUCAAUUCUCAUCCAGUGCUCAACGAGCGAUAUCUCCUGCUGAUGCUGCUCGGCAAAGGCGGCUUCAGCGAGGUACAUAAGGCAUUUGACUUAAAGGAGCAGCGAUACGUGGCAUGUAAAGUUCACCAAUUAAAUAAAGACUGGAAAGAAGACAAAAAAGCCAAUUACAUAAAACACGCGUUACGGGAGUACAACAUUCACAAAGCAUUGGAUCAUCCACGGGUUGUAAAACUGUACGAUGUCUUUGAAAUUGAUGCGAAUUCGUUUUGUACUGUCUUGGAAUAUUGCGACGGCCAUGAUUUAGAUUUCUAUCUCAAGCAGCAUAAGACUAUUCCAGAGAGAGAGGCUAGAUCAAUCGUAAUGCAAGUCGUAUCGGCGUUAAAGUACCUCAAUGAAAUUAAACCCCCAGUCAUACAUUAUGAUCUGAAGCCAGGAAAUAUCCUUUUAACGGAAGGAAACGUAUGCGGCGAAAUAAAGAUUACGGACUUUGGAUUGAGCAAAGUCAUGGAUGAAGAAAACUACAAUCCAGAUCAUGGAAUGGAUCUGACGUCACAGGGAGCUGGUACUUACUGGUACCUGCCGCCUGAGUGUUUUGUAGUUGGAAAAAAUCCUCCAAAAAUAUCUUCAAAAGUGGAUGUUUGGAGUGUGGGAGUCAUUUUUUACCAAUGUCUAUAUGGCAAAAAGCCUUUUGGACAUAAUCAGUCGCAAGCAACAAUUUUAGAAGAAAAUACAAUUCUAAAAGCAACGGAAGUUCAGUUCGCUAAUAAACCGACUGUUAGCAACGAAGCGAAAAGUUUCAUAAGGAGCUGUCUAGCGUAUAGGAAAGAGGAGCGCAUCGACGUGUUGACGCUUGCACGGCACGAGUAUCUCCAGCCUCCUGUGCCGAAACACGGACGCCAGGCGAACAGCCAGCAGCAGCAGCAGCAACAGCAGCAACAGCAGAUUCAGCAACAGCAGCAAACCUCUUUCACCACCGGCAUGUUCAGCGGCAUGAACGCGUCUAGCAGUUCGUAGUUGUGGUUGAUGAGUAGUGACAACAAUAAUGGACCCUCGAGGAAAACUUAUGUACAUGCCAAAUGUUGGAAUAACUCAGAACUGCGCAAUACCACCUUAUCUUAACACGAGGAAGAGGGCAGAGAAUGCGAACGUAAACGAAAGCUAUAACCAAUUGUAAAUAUUUAAUAAUGGGCAGGGAGGGAUAGCAGAGAGAAAAAUCGGAAGAUUCGCCGCCACCGCCACAGAACCGUAGAAAAGAGAAUGCAACAGUGGCUCCGAGGAAUGAGAAGAAGGACGCAACGCGAUUAUAAUACUAACGAGCAUCUCUCUCUCUCUCUGUGUCUUGGAGAAAGUUAAUGAUACACACG